ACGAUACACGUGCAUACUAAGAAAAAAAGUUACUAACAGCCGGGGUCGCGUUUAAACUGUCAUGUCACAGGAAGCGUCGUCGAGCAAAUCUGUGCUCCCGGCGCAUUCAUGGCUGCACUUUGUUGCUGGAGGUCUUGGAGGGAUGUGCGGUGCAAUUGUAACGAGCCCAUUCGACGUUGUCAAGACCCGACUACAAUCUGACCUAUUUCGUGUAAACGCGACGGCAAGUGUUGGGACUGGCGGUGGCGUGCUCAUCGCCUCUGCACCCAAACCCGGAGGGUUGCUCUGGAACUUUGUCGAGACGGGACACAUCCUGCGCGACAUCUACCGCACCGAAUCGCCCAAAGCGCUCUUCAAAGGACUCGGUCCCUCACUAGUGGGUAUCAUUCCCGCGCGGUCAAUCAAUUUCUUCACGUACGGCAACGGGAAAGAGGUGAUCGCGCGGACGUUCAACGAGGGGCGGGAGAACUCGUAUGUGCAUCUGUGUGCUGCUGCGAUAGCGGGAGUCGUGACGGGGACGGCGACGAAUCCGAUAUGGGUGGUGAAGACGCGGUUGCAGCUUGUGCAGGGCAAGGGAGGGAGCUGGGAAAUGAUCCGCCAUAUUUUUAGGGACGAGGGGGUGCCGGGAUUUUACAAGGGGCUCAGUGCGAGUUAUCUUGGUGUCACGGAGGGAACGAUUCAGUGGGUGCUUUAUGAACGAUUGAAGAAGAUGAGUGCGAGUACACAGGGCAAGGGUGGUUUGCAGGAAUGGCUGGGUAUGCUGGGCAGUGCAGGAACGGCGAAAUGUGUGGCUAGUCUUAUUACUUAUCCUCAUGAGGUUAUUCGAACACGACUACGACAACCAAAAGUCGACGGACGGGUCAAAUACAGCGGUCUGAUACAAACACUAAAAUUGGUUAUCAAAGAAGAGGGAGCAGCAUCCUUAUACGGUGGACUGAGUGCCCAUUUACUGCGAGUAGUGCCGAAUGCUGCAGUGAUGUACUCGAUAUACGAAGGUAUCCUACGACUCGCCCAGUAAAAUAACAAAAAAGUAGCAGUAGUAGUAGUAGUAUAUUUAUUUCUAGAAUCACUCCUCACGUAAUACACAGCUAUCUGUACCACCACCACC